AUGGCGACCACUUCGGCGGCCGUCCUCCCAUCAGGGGCCUUCCUCACCCGAGGGUCGGAGAUCCAGAGAAUUCCCGUGCGCGCUGCUGCCGGAGCCAUAUCCUCCAAACUCCGAGCCUCCCCGAGAUUGCCCGCCCUGUCGACUCCAUUCAUCCGAUCCCUCAAACCCGCUGCGGCUCCGACCGUCGAUCCGCCACCGUAUGAGCCGGUGCACGUGCCGUUCUCGGACGUGCUGGUGCAGCAGAAGCGGCCGUAUUUCUUCAACCGGGACUACACGGCGAGGGACUGGAACUACCUCGUCAACUUGAGCUUGUACCAUGGCCUGUGCCUCUUCGCUCCAGCCACCUUCUCCUGGGAAAACUUCGGCCUCUUCCUCAGCCUCUACGUCGUCACAGGGCUGUUUGGGGUCACCCUGUCAUACCACCGCAAUCUGGCGCAUCGUUCGUUCACGCUUCCCAAGUGGCUCGAGUACACUUUCGCCUACCUCGGGGUUCUCGCCAUUCAGGGCCACCCCAAGGAGUGGGUGAGCGCGCACCGCUACCACCAUCGCUUCGUCGACACGCCCGGCGACCCGCACUCGCCAUGCGAUGGCUUCUGGCACAGCCACAUGGGGUGGGUUUUCGACGAAGUCUUCACGCAACAGCGGGUGGGCGUGCGCGACAACAUCGCGGACAUGGAGAACGACCCCUUUUACGAUUUCAUCGAGGCCACCUACCACUGGCACACCGUCGGCUCCGUGGCGCUGCUCUACGCCCUCGGAGGCUUCCCCUGGGUCGUCUGGGGCUUCGGCAUGCGCUCUGUGGUGGUGCUGCACAUCACGGGGCUAGUCAACUCAGCGGGACACGUGUGGGGCUAUCAAUCCUGGAACACCGGCGACCUUUCACGCAACAACUGGUGGGUGGGGCUGCUGGCGUUUGGCGAGGGGUGGCACAACAACCACCACGCGUUCCAGUACUCGUGCCGGCAUGGGCUGGACGCGCACGAGGUGGACGUGACGUGGUACAUCAUAAAGCUGCUCGAGGCUGCAGGGCUGGCCACCAACCUCAAGUACCCCCAUCAGAAGGACAUUAAGCGCCUCUCCCUCCCGGAACAGCCAGUUUCUCAGCAGUAG